AUUUUGUGCUGCUUGGCGGGAGCUGCGGCUCAACGUUGACAUCAAGUCCCGAACCGCGUCAUCCAUCGAUAAUCUUUUAGUUAGCGGCUUCCGUGGAUUUCUUUGAACACGUGUUGUGAUUCCAGCUCAUUACCAUCAUGUCCGACGUAGAAACUGAUGAUGUUGGCACUGACGAAGGACAGAAGGACAUCUUCACCUCAUUGAAGGAAGUUUUAAAGAACGCUUUAAUCGCGGAUGGAGUUGCAAAUGGACUUCACGAAGCCGCCAAAGCCCUAGACAGUCGCAGGGCAAGAUGCUGUGUUCUGGCUGAGAAUUGUGAUGAGCCAGCUUAUAAAAAAUUAGUCCAAGCUUUAUGCAAUGAGCAUGGAAUCCCUCUCAUCAAAGUAGAUGACAACAAAAAGCUAGGCGAAUGGGCAGGACUUUGCAAAAUUGACAGCACAGGGAAAGCAAGAAAAGUUGUAGGAUGCUCUUGCGUAGUCAUCACGGAUUACGGAGAAGAAAGUCCUGCAUUAGACCACCUCAGAGAAUUCAUCAAAGUUAGUGGAGAAUAAAUGUUUUUAAUGUUUAACUUAAAAUAAUUUUUUUUUUUUUUUUAAUAAAUUUUUAUUUAAAAAAUUGGAA